AUGGAUGCCUUUCGCUUCAUCCAGGACGCUGUCCCAUUUGCCCAAGCCGCUCUGAAAACCGUGGAACAAGCAGCCGCCCCGGCACUGGAAAACUUGGGCGCCAGCGCAGCCGGCCUCGCUCAGGGAGCUGCUGAUGCAGUUGCUCAAGCUGCUCCCAUUGCACAUGCCGCUAUCCAGUCCACAGGGGAAGCGAUCGCUCCUGCUCUGAAAGUCGCAGCAGAGCAAGGUGUCCCUUUUGCGCAUGGCGUUGUACAGUCCGCCGGAGAAGCGAUCGCUCCCGCCUUCAAGAUCGCCGCAGAGCAAGGUGUCCCUUUUGCGCACAACGCGGUGCAAUCCGUCGGGGAAGCGAUUGCUCCCGCGCUGCAGAUCGCAGCCGAGGCUGGCGCGAAUGGGUACACCUUCGCGGCCGCAAACCCGGCCGCCGUGGCCUGUGGUGCUGUGGCUCUGGGUGGCUUGGCCAUCGUCGCGGCCCCGGGAAUUCUCACGGGCCCGGCGCUGUCUGCCGCUGGAUUUACUCCCCUUGGUCCUGGGGCUGGUAGGUCGUUCCCACUUGAUCGGGUUAAGAAGGGUGUGACGCUGACAUGUCUGCUCCUCGUUGUAGGGACAAUCGCCGCGAUGGUCCAGACUCCAAAUGUGGUUGCCGGAGGUGUCUUCGCUACGCUGCAAAGCGCUGGCAUGGGAGGUUAUGGGGCAGCGGUGGUUGCUGCCGCUGGUCAGGCCGUUGGAGGUACUGUUGCCGCGGCGGGAGGCGCGGGGGUGGUUCUCUCAAACAUGGCAGCUUAG